AUGAUGGGUAUGAACCACGAUUUUUUAUCUGGAAAUUUUGUGGGAUAUCCUUUAGAAGAAAAUACAUUAUUGAGUCACCGAGAUUUUAAUUUAAAAAAAUAUAAAAUAAAUCCUUUAAAAAAUAAUAUUUUUAACAAUUACGGAGAUUCAUCAAAAGAAUUAGACGACCUAAGAGAAUAUAAAAGAAUAACUACCCAAAAAAUUAAAAGAUAUGAAAGUACUAUAUACUCGUAUAAAAACCAAAUACGCAAUUUAAAAAAAGACAUGUUUCAUGGAGAAGUAAAUAUACAACUUAUAAGUGUAUUUGUUAAUGCUAUAUGUGACAUAAUAGAAUAUCUGUGCUCAGACAUAAAUAAGACGGUCUUAUCUACUUUACCAUUUAUUCAUACUAUACUAAAUUCGAUCUCAUUGAGAGAUAAACAAAUAUACCAUUGUUCAAAAUUGAUACAUGCAACAUUAACUCAAAUAAAUAAUGAAAAUAAAAUUAACAAUAAUGAAAAAAUUAUUCAAGAAGAAGAGAAUAAAAUUUAUCAAUUCAGUUCUCAUAAAUUACAAGAUUUGGAAUGGCUAGCUUCUGAAACAAAUGAUAAGGGUUGGCUAGCGGUAGGUGAUAGGUGGGAAUUAUGUAAAAGAGAUUUAAAAUGGUUAUGCGUAGAGACAAAUAAUAGGUCAUGGCUAUUAUAUCGUAAUGUGUGGGAAAAUAGUUCUAAUGACUUAAAAUAUUUAUCUGUAUUAUUUGAUGAUAAAAAAUGGCUCAAUUUAUAUAAUAUAUGGAAUUUUGUACCUUUAAGUCUAAAAUUAAGAGCCAUUUCAUUAAAAGAUCCACAUAUUUGUAAGCCAUCAUUAAAUGAAAUCAUGCUAAAAGACGAUGAUAUCUAUAAAAUUAAUAUUUUGGAAUUAAAUUCAGAUAUAUCAAAUAUUUUAAAGAGAAAUUAUUUAAAAUAUAAAUCAAAUGAUAAAAUGAAUGAUUUUUCCUUAAGGAAUACUUUUCAUCAGCAUGAUUAUUCUAUUGACGAAAACGAAAAUGAGCUUUUAACUGAAUAUGGAAAAAUUAAAAAAAGAGAAAAUAUUUUAGAAAAAUCAUUAAAAUAUAAUUUAUGCACUAUUGAAGAAGAAAAUAUUCCUAAGGGAAAUGAAAAUGGCUUAGUUUUAAAAUUUCUACCAAGAAAACUAAUUAAAGAUGGAAAUACUUCAAAACAUAUGGAAAAGGAAAAAGUUAAUUCUCUAAAAAAAGAGCCUUUCACCAAAGUGUUGAAAAAAAUUCCAAUUUUAGCAUUAAAAAAUGAAAAUAAUAAUAAUAAUGGUAUUAAAAAAAGUAUUAAUAUUCCAAUUAAGCCCCCAGUUAAACAUGAGGAAAACUACAUAAAUAAAAAAAACCCUAUUAUAAAUAAAAUAAAUAAAAACAUUAUUGAUAAUAAAAGUAUAAUUCCUAAAGUAGUGGAAAAUUUACAAGAAAAAAAAAUAAAAUUAGAAUUAUCUGAAGAAGGUUUUGAUACAAAACAAAAUAUUUUAAAAGAAAUUCCUAAAAAUACUGCCAUUAAAAGUUUAGUUAAUAAACAAAUUAUGGAAAAGAAUAAAAAUGAACAUAUAGAAACAAAGGAAUUUCUUAAGCAAAAUUCAAACAAAGAAAUUCAGGAAAAUAAAAUAAUGAAUAAUAAAGAACAAAAAUUAAAUAACGAUAAAAAAGAGAAAGAUAUAGUUAAUAAAAUAAAGCAGAAAUGUAUAGUACCAGAGAAGAAAAUUUUAAAUAAUCUAAAAAAAGAGAAUAUGUCAAUAAAGUUACCUCAAAGUGGAUUAAAUUUGUUAAAAAAAAAAGAAACGGAACAAAAAAGUGAAUAUACUACAAAAAAAAACAUACCUACAAAAAUGGCAGCUCCACUAAGCAUUUUACCUAAAAUAAAAGAAGAAAAUUUAAAGAAAAGUGCUGCUGUAUUAAAGUCAAAUUUUUCUAAAGAAAAUAUUCUUGGGAUAAAUAAAAAUAAUGAUUUUCAUGAAAAUGAAUCAGAUAAUAUUUUAAAUGAAAAAUCUAUCAAUAAUAAAAAUGGAAAUACUAUCCCUAAAGUAACAACACCUACAAAAAUUGUACCUCCAAUAAAUAAUUUAUCCAAGAUAAAAGAGAAAAAUGCAAAAAAAGUUCCUGCUAUAUUAAAAAAAACUUUUCCUAAAGAAAAUAUGCUUGAAUUAAAUAAAAAUGGAAACACUCAAAUAAAUGAAUCAAAUAGUAUUUUACAUGAAUGUGAUGAUGAGAAUAAAAACAUAGUUAACAUUACAGACAAUCUACCCAAUAUUAAUUCUUGUGAUUUAAAAACUAUUAAAAGAAAAGAAUCAGUCCUAAGAACGCAUGCUUUUAUAAAUAAUGAAAAGGAAAUUAAAAUUAAUGUAUCACAGAAGAUAGAGGAUCCAAAAAAGGAAUCUCAAAAUGUAGUUACCAAUUACUUCACGGAUUUAUUUAAUGCAUUUAAUUUUGUAACUAAAAAAGAUGAAGAUGAUGAAAUAUCAAAUGAAAAUAAACAUAUUGAAGUAGAAAAAGAUGAAGAUGAUGAAAUAUCAAAUGAAGAUAAACAUAUUGAAGUAGAAAAAGAUGAAAAUGAAGAAAAGAAGAAUGAAGAAGAUUCAUAUAAAGAAGAAAAGAAAAAUCCACUGAAAGAAAAAAAUUAUUUAAAGAGUGAAAAUAAAGAUUCAAACAAAGAGGGAAUAUGUUUAAAAGACAAAGAAAAUUUAAAGAAAGAAGAAAAUAAAUCAGAAGAAGGAAAAAAAGAUAUAAAUGAUGAAAAAAAUAAUUCAAUAAAAGAAGAAAAAUGUUUAAAAGACAAAGAAUAUUUAAAGAAAGAAGAAAAUAAAUUAGAAGAAGAAAAAAAAGAUAUAAAGAAUGAAAAGAAGAAUUCAAUGAAAGAAGAAAAAUAUUUAAAGAAAAAAAGUAGCGAUUCCAAAUUGAAAAAGAAAUAUAAAAAGGAAAAAAAGAAAGAUUUAAGAGAAAAAGGGCAUGAUUUAAGAAAAAAAGAAACAUACUCAGAAGAAAAAGAAAUAGAUCAAUUGGAAGAAGAAAAGGAUUCAAGGAGAAAAAAAAAGGAUUCAGAGAAGAAAGUAAGGGAUUUAGAAGGAGAAAAGAAACAUAUAGGUGAAAAAGGAAAGUAUUCAAAGGAGGAAGAAAAAGGUUCAAAGGAAAAGAUAAAAAAUUUAGAAAACAAAGAAUAUAUAAAAGGAAAGGAAGAAUAUUUAAAUGAACUAAAAAAAGAUUUAAAAGAAGUGGAAGAUUUAAAGAAAGAAAUAAAAGAUUUAGAGAAGAUAGAAAAAGAUUUAAAAGAAAAAAAAAAAAAUUCAAAAGAGAAAGGGGAUCUAGAUAAAAAAAAAAACGAUUCAAAAGAAGAAAAAAAUUCAGAAAAAAAAGAUUUAGAGGAAAAAAAAAAAGAAAAUGAGGAAAUUGUAAAAAAGGAAAUCAGUGAUGAUAGUAAUGAAAAAAAAAUGAAACUAAAAAGUAUUAAAUCCAUAAGAAAUAUAAAUUCUAAUAAAUAUUCUAUAAAAAUUAACUUAAAAAGUUAUUCAAAUAAAGGAAUAUUAUUGAAAACUGAGAAUACUCUUGAUUCGGAAAAUGAAACAGAUACAAAAUAUUCUGAAAAAAAAUUGGAAUAUAAAAAUAGGAAAAUUUCCCUAGAUAUAGAAAAAGAGAGAAAAAAUGAAACUUUGGAUGAAAUAUGUGUAGAAUCAAAAACAAAUUACCCAAAGAAUAAAUCUAUACUUUUAGAAAAGCCUUCAGCAAAAUUUACAAAAAAUAAACCUAGUAGCAUUCUACAGAAAUUACUAGAUUCUGAUUUAUCUGAUUUUGAUUCUUCUAGUAAAAAAAUGACAGCUGAUGAAAUUGCGAAGCAUACAAAUGCUUCACUUCAAAUAUCUGUGAAGAGAAAAGCUUCAUUGUCAUCCAUAAAGGUUAAGUCAAAACUAAUGCAAAAACCAAAACCAUUAUUUAAUUUAUAA